CGUCGUGGUCCGACUCUCCUCCUUGCCCCUUCGACUCUGCCUCCCUUUCUUUGUACCAGCGAAACAGCCCAAAGCCAGAGGUGGCCGCUACCUUGGCGUGAGCGUGGCUGUGCUGCUCGGAAAGCGUGGCUGUGCUGCUCGGAAAGUAAUCUACUACGGUAGUCUGCAUCUACUGCUGUACAGUCGACAAGCCGAGAGGCAUCGAAGGAGCACACGCGCAGCAGCAACCAUGUCGUCCUCUGUCCUUGAAGCAAUCGCAGCGAGGAACGCAGCCCAAAGGCGCCGUGUGGUCGAGAAGAAGCACGGGGAGACGAUCGAUGUGCCCGAGGGGUCGGGACUGCUCGUCACCGGCUGCAGCGGCUGCACCAUCAACGCGCCGGGCAGAAGCAGCAGCGUCACCGUCGAGCGGUGCGACGCGGGGACGAGGGUUAACGUCGGCAGCGUCGUGGCGUCCCUGGAGAUCAUCCACUGCACGGACGUCCAGGUCUCAGUAGCGCGGUGUCGCACGAUCACCGUCGACGUCUCCACCGACGUCACCCUGACCUGCAAGUGCCAGCCGCCCUUCGGACAAGAGGCGGAGCAGCAGCAGCAGCGAGGAGAAGAGGCGAAGGUCCACCCGAGCGAAGCGGCCGACGAGGCCUCGGCGAUCCGCCUCUUCACCAGCUGCAGCGAAGGGCUCACAGUGCGGUACGAGGGCCUCCUGUCGCAACCACCACCAGGGGCGGUCGCCGCCGCCGACCCCGCCGUUGCCGCCGAUGCCACGGCCGUCACCUACCGCGUCCCGAAAGACUGGCGGCACGAAAAGGGCGACGGCCCCCGCUCGGUGACGCGCGUGUCGGGAGCGGGGAGCGGCGGCGGGGGCGGAGCGUGCUGCAAGACUCUCCGUUGCGACCAGUACGGCAUCCCCCUGGAAGAGGUCGAGGCGGCCGAGGCGGGUGUCGCGUGGACGUGGGAGCAUGGCCGGGGGGGGGUUCCGCGGUAGCAGUCGUACGUAGCUAAAUCACCCGCCUCGUUGAGGGGGCACAAUCCGAUGCACACAGGCCAAUCGUUGAACCCUGGCUGGGAGUGGUGUUGCUGUUUUCCUGCUUGUGGUAUGUCUUUUCACAUCCCUUCCCGGUUUUGGCAAGAAUAGUGAUGGAUGACUGUUGUUGAUGGGUCUCGAGAGUGAAAUCAAGAAGUGCAGAUUGCAAUGGGGGGAGAGGAGGGACCAGAAACCGGCACGUGGAGACGGCGAAGACGUAGUCAUAAGACGUUCCCGGAGGGCGGAGAUCAACAAGAGGCAUUGUCGUCGGCGCCGCCGAAUGGGCCGGUAGAGUAUUCUGACGUGACGGUCGCAGAGAUAUACCAGAGGCAUUGUUGCUGAUGCCGCCGAAUGUACCGGUAUAGAAGUCCGACGUGAUGAUCGCAGCAAGCAGAUUAUUUGUGAAAAUCUUGUGGAGGGAGUCUCCUUGCUUGAGAAUUGGCAAAGACGACGGUCUU